CGAUAAUAAUGGACGCCUAGAUAUUUCCUCCUACUGCGGUCACCGACCUUCAAUUCCUUCCGCUACUUUUCGUGGCACCCUCCCUCGAGCCAUCAUGCCACCUCACACUUAACAUCCCUACUAUCGACACAAAGAACGUGUACUUAUGAUUAUCUUUUCUCACACCUGAACAGUUCCCUCAACUCUUCUGUCCUGACUCUCUUCAACUAACCAACCAGUCUCGUGCCUUUGCUCCGUCUGAGCCUCUAUUCUGACUCGCUGACGAUCCUCCUCCUAACCUUCCUCUCGAAUCUCGACGACAAUGUGAAUGCAUCCGUCGGUCAUGACAGAACUCCUGCUUAGCUCCUGAACCUCCCACAUUUGCAUCUUUAUACAAUUCCAGUCAUGGCGGAGGCAGAAAAGUCCGCAUUUGAGCCGGGUCCUCCACCCUCAACCUCUUCAUGGACAUACCCAACAAGAACAUGUCGCCUCUGCCUAGAGGAAGUCGCCGCUACAGUCACUUUGUACCCUCCGGGCCUCCCUAUGGCGCUCCAACAUCCGGUCGUCGAAUACCUCAGCGACAAUGAGUAUGGGCGACUGUGUAAGCCUUGCAAAUGCAAAGGAGGAAUGCGAUAUAUCCAUGAACUUUGCCUCCGUCGAUGUCGAACUGAAUCACAACGCCCAGGCGCCAUGUGGAAAUGCGAUCUUUGCGGGUAUGAGUUCAACUUUGCCAGAUUGACAAUGCAGAGAUAUCUUGGGAGCAAAAAAGUGUCGGGUCUGUUGACCAUUCUCUUCAUGCUCGCCGUCAUGUUCCUUCUCGGCUUUGUCGCUGAUCCAAUACUCAACCUGUACACUGAUCCCUACGAGACGAUCAUUGGACACGAAGAUUUAUGGCAGCGGGUCCAAGUCAACCAAGCAAAGGACAAGUUGGGUUCUUGGGGCCAGCACUUUGUCAAAGGCUUGGUAUCUAUGGGAGUUCUGAGCUUUUUGAGGACAAUGCUGUUGAACCCAUUCCACUGGUUCAACCUACGAAACUCUGGCCUGGUCGGCGGAAGAGCGUCGGGAAGAGCAACUACCGGUCGUGACAGAGCAGUAAAUGUGAGUUGGCUUAUGAUUGCCAUCGGUGUUGUCACUGCUUUCUACCUCUUCUAUCAGUGGGUGCAGAUCAUCAUUGGCCGUUAUCUCCAGCGGCUAGGGAACAACAUUGUUGACACCCAACUGCCCGAUGACGAUGAGGACCUGAAGCCUCCAUCAAACUUCAAAUUUGAAGAAAGCUAUCCAGAGUUGGCUGCCAAGUUUUCCAACCCCGGUACAACGUCUCGCGGUGACCCUGUGCCAAGUGCAGAGGCGGUCUCUUCCGAGAAAGUAUUUGAUGGGUCACCCAGUUCGAACUUGCAGACAGAUGCUGAAGAAGUCAGCUCUGAACCCAAAAUCACCCACCGGCAAGGGUUCGGACAGGAGAUUCCGAUUAUUGAAGACAGAUCGAUCGCAGGUCAGCUGUCUGUCGAGGACGCUCCGCCAGUCCCCAAUCCGUCCUCCACCGGGCAUAGCUCUUCUGUUCAAGUGGCUCACAGCCAAGGCUGGUCAUUCAACCAUCUCUGAUCUUUAGGCGGACCACCAACGCUACUAGGGAGAGAAGAUGCUGAUAGCAGAGUGUAUGGUCGUCAAAAAAUCGCCAAAACUUAAGUUGUCACAUCCAGAUCGGUGAAGUGCCAAUUAGUCAAUGCGCGAAGAGCAAAAGCAUUCCUCAUGAAAUGUCUCGGGCGUUAUGCAUUGAGGCUGUCGAAAGUGGUUUGCAGAGUCAGAACUGCUCCAUGGAUGCAGAGAAGUUGUCCGUAUCAUCUGCACUGGAUUGCAUCUGGCAAAUACAUGACUGAAUUGUAAAACUUUGCGGUGUCUCUGUUUCAUCCUUCUUUUCCCGUCCUAUUCCAGAGGUCAUGUCACACAGCGUCAGUUGUUCUUGCGACGGAUGAAGUGUUUACUUGGUCGACGAAACGUGUCAUG